AUGCCCUCUUCGGUGGCAAGGAUCCACAAACGCCAUUCAUAUGGCAAAGAUGCUCACACCUACUACCCGGUUCUCGUAAUUGGUGCAGGGGUGUCUGGCAUUGCUACAGGAUGUCGACUCAAGGAAGCUCUUGGCUUUGAUCAAUUCAGAAUCUUUGAAAGGCAAUCGGGCAUCGGAGGUACUUGGUGGAUAAACCGCUACCCAGGAGCCGCAUGCGAUGUGCCCGCGCUGUUGUACUCUUUCUCAUUUGCUCCGAAGAAAGACUGGACUACGCUACAUCCCCCCGGACCGGAGAUUGUUCAGUACCUGGCUGAUGUCUGCGAGAAAUACCAGAUAGUCGACAAGAUUCAACUCAACACAGCUGUCAAAGAACUGCGAUGGUUAGAGGAUGCGGAAGAGUGGCAAGUCACAUUAUUGCAUCUUGUUCCUGGUAUUGGAGACUUAUCCGAAGGGGAAAGAGAUGCGCGAAUAUCCAAGGAAGGCGAGCGCAGUGUCUAUGUCAAAACAGAGAUUGUGCGAGCAAAGAUUGUUGUCAGCGGUGUGGGUGUGCUUGUCGAGCCUAAAAAAUGGCCUGCAAGUGUACCCGGGAUUGAGACGUUCGAAGGCGAGGUCGUUCAUACAGCUCGAUGGAAGAGCGACCUUGAUCUGUCCGGGAAAAAUGUUGUCAUCAUUGGCUCUGGCUGCAGUGCAACCCAGGUAGUCUCUGAGCUGACGAAACCCGAGUACAAGAUCAAGUCAAUCACGCAGCUCAUGAGGUCGCCUGCCUGGUUCAUGCCCGAUUUACUGACGCCGAAGUCGCUCAAGAAAUGGGAGAAGUACACGCCGCCAUUGUUCAAAAACGUCCCUGGCCUUGCUUUCGGUGCAAGGGCCUUGCUGUUCUUCUUCUUGGAGUGGGAUUUUCUCACAGUCUUCAAGGACAAUGAGUAUUCCCGUCGGAAUCGUUCCAGAUUAGAGAGGGAAUUCCUAGAGCACAUGCGAGCGACUGCUCCGGAGAAAUAUCACGACAUACUCAUUCCCAACUACAGCCUGGGCUGUAAGCGACGAAUUGUCGAGUCCAACUAUUAUGCCAGCAUUCAUGCGCCCAAUUUUGAGCUGACGACGAAGCCCUUGGUAAGCGUCCAAGCCAGAAGCGUGACACUAGGUCCUGGUCGACAUUAUCCGCCGGAAAGUAAGGAGUCAACAGAUGGGGUGAGACAGAUACCGGCGGAUGUCAUUAUUCUGGCCAACGGAUACGAGACUAAUAAAUUCCUUCAUCCUCUCCCGGUUUUCGGUCGGCGCGGGAAAACCCUUGACGAGAUUUGGGAGGAGCGUGGAGGAGCACAGGCUUACCUGGGCAUUGCCAUGGACCAUAUGCCGAAUCUCUUCCUUUCGUUUGGUCCGAACACAGCGACCGGCCAUACCAGCGUCAUUUUCGCGGUCGAGAAUGCCAUCAAUUACUCUCUGAACUUCAUCAAACCCAUUCUUGAGGGACGUGUCAGCUGUUUCGAGGUGAAAGAGAAUGCUGAGCGCGACUGGACGGACAAAGUACAGAGAAGUCUUCAGGGCACCGUCUUUCGACGCGGAGCUUGCACAAGCUGGUACCAAACUGAUGAAGGUUGGAACUCGUCCACCUAUCCAUUUACUCAGAUCGACUACUAUCUCAGGUGCACCUUUCCUAUGUGGCACCACUGGACAGCCAAGUAUACACGCAAGGGACUCAUGCUUGAAAGGAUGAAGACCGUGCUGAGGAGAUUUGCACUCGUGGCAAUCAUUUCCGGUCUGUGCUGGCUCAAGAUGCAUCCCAAAGAUACUCAACGGCUGGUCGAAUUGUUUAGUGGAGCCCGAACUACAAUAGUCUCAGCUAUCCGAGAGGGUUUGCUCCGCUUUCGUCGAAUGCUUUCGUGA